GCUAGUACGUUUAAUACGCAUUGGUUGUUUUAUUCGCCACACUUUUCAUAUUGCUGUACAGUUUGCCACAAUGGUUCGUUAUUUGAACAUGACAAGCCGAAAUUUUUGGUCAAUUUUUUUUGUCGCGAUUAACAUGGCUAAAUGGUAUAAUUGUACAUAUUACGUAAAGUCACACGAAAAUACAAAAUACAAGACGAUAACAGAGAUUUCUUCUUGUCCUUCACUGCUAACAUGCGUUCAAAAAUGUCGAUUGAAAAAUUUGGAUGUUGAUUAUAAGGACGGAAAAUGCUACUGCGUUACUGUUGCUGGAAACACAGAUGGCGAAGAAAACCAGAAUAAAGAAAAAGCAGCAGAAGUUUAUUCCGCAGUAAAAGAUCCUUCGAGUUAUUUGGAAAACGAACAUCAACCAGCCCCAAUUAAUCUGUCGCUUGGAAAACCGGCAAGACAAUCAAGCGUAGAAGACGGUGGGGAUGCAUCACGUGGAGUGGAUGGAAACAAAAAUGGUCACAUGAACGCCAGAUCGUGUUUUCACACACUUCAUAAGCAAACAGACCCUUGGUGGGAGGUCGAACUUCUUCAGAAUGCUGUAAUAACGAAUGUUGUUCUAUAUCCUCGUACUGAUUGUUGUCAUUUAAGAGCAAAUACUUUGAAACUGCUGGUGAGGUUUGCUAAUCAAGAUUCCUGGAAUUUGUGUGCAUCUAUCGAAAAACUGGGUGCGAAACCAUUUGAUCAAAAAUGCGAUCAACGUGUGGUUGGCGGUAUUUUUCGAAUUAUACAACAUAAUACAGAACCUCUUCAUUUGUGUGAAGUUGAGGUAUUCGGGUACUUUUUAUAAAUACAAACUGCACGAAAUUAGACUUCACUCUUAUUGUUUAUUAUUAAUUAAUUUGAAUUUUAAGGGUUCGAAAGUAUUAAUCACCUUAACUUGGUGAUUUUUUCCAAUUUAACCAUUAAAAUUGCGAAAAAAAGCAAACAUAAUUAUAGAAAUAAUUAAAACAAAAAAUUUCACAGCUGUCGACAAAGAGCGACAUAUUUUUAAGAACAAUAAGUCGUAUGUAGAAAAUUCUAAUAAACAAUGAAGUACACUGUUUGUUAUGAUUUUUAAAAAGUCAUCAACACUUUUUUAUUUUACAUAUUUUCCUUUUCAUCGUCAUUGUCAACGUCACCGUCCUCGAAAUCGUCAUCGACAUCAUCAUUAUGAAAGUGUUUGGUUAAGCAACUUUAUACAUUUCGCCGUUAAAGAUAUCAAAUCUUUGCGUAAUAAAUACUUUUUAUAUUACAUUGCAAUCACCAACUAUAUCUGUUUUUUUUGCUUUCUUACAAAAUUGCUUUUAACUGAUGGCAAGGUAAUUACACUUUUGUUGCAUUUUCGAAGAGGACACGUGGAGGGCACUGACAAAGGUAGCUGUUAAAAUGCCUUAGGGAAUAGUUUGGAAAGUCUAUAACCUUAUAAUCAAUCAGAGGGUAUACCAGUCUCCUUUUUUUACUAACUUUUGACAUCAUUUAAACGGUCUUGAUUUUUUGUGACUUAUCCAAAAAUUUUAUGAAUUAGCACGGUAAGAAAUUCUUAUUUUAAAGUGUUUUUUGCUUUGUGGGAUGGCCAGUUCGUUAACAAUGGAUAUAAUCAGAAAUUUUUGUAAAAAAUUUAAACUAAAAUAUUUACUUUCUAUACUUUA